AUCAGGAACUCCGCCCGCUUUUUUUGCCUGUUAGAGAUUGUGCAAAAACUACCAUCACCACUGAAGAACAUCACUCUCUCUUCACUUCAAUCGACUGUUUUAUCUUUGAAAUCAUCUAUAGAUUUUCGCGAUCAACCAUUAUCAUCAAAUGCAAGAGUCCCCGUUACAACUCGUCUCUGCAAUCGGCGGCCAACUUGGCCAACUCACUCGCCCUAACAAGGAUCUGCUUCUAAGAUCGCUCCGCCAAGCUGCCAGUGCAUUGUCACAAAUGGAACCACCUUCGCUCCAUGAAACUUCCAAGAAGCAAGAAGCUGCAAAAAAUAUAGAAGAUGCUACAAAGCCUCUGAGAAAAUCCAUUAUCAAGAAUGGCCUCCAUAAGCAUGGUGAUAAAGAAGUUAGGCUUUUGGUGUCCAUAUGUGUCAGUGAAGUAUUUAGAAUUCUGGCACCUGAACCACCUUUUGAAGAUAAAUAUCUGAGGGACAUCUUCCGAUUGAUUCUUAGCGUGUUUGUGGAGCUAGCAGAUGCUACGAGCCCAUACUUUUCAAAGAGGGUUAAAAUUCUAGAGACUGUUGCUCGGUGUAAAUGUUUUGUGAUAAUGCUGGACAUUGACUGCCCCGAUUUAGUUCUUGAAAUGUUCAAAAUCUUUUUCUCUGUUGUGAGAGAACAUCACCAGCAGAGUUUAUUCAAUGAUAUUUCUUCUAUAAUGAGUGAUAUUGUAAAUGAAGAAUCUUCUCAGUCCAUUAUAGAUGUUAUUUUGCAGAAUCUUGUGAAGGAAGGAAAGAAUGCUUCUGCUGCUUCAAACCUUGCUGUUUCCCUCAUCCAACAAUGUGAAGAAAAACUUGAGCCUUUCGUUUGUGGGUUUUUGACGUCUUGUUUUUUGGACGGAGAUGUUGUACAGAGUGAGCUCAAAGAAUCUUAUCAUGAUAUUACAUUUAAAAUUUUCCAGUGUGCUCCACAGAUGCUUCUUGCAGUCAUUCCAAGCUUAACCCAAGAAUUGCAGACUGAUCAGGUUGAUGUUCGAAUAAGAGCUAUGAAUUUAACUGGAAAACUUUUGGCGCUUCCUGACCACCAUGUUGUACAAAGAUACCCCAAUCUUUUUGUGGAAUUCUUAAAAAGGUUCUCUGAUAAAUCUGCGGAAGUAAGAGUUUGUGCUCUACAAUGUGCCAAAGCUUGCUAUCUAGCCAAUCCUUCUGGCACUGAAGCAUUUGAAAUUCUCAAUGCACUUGAACAACGUCUGUUAGACUUUGAUGAUAGGGUGCGAAUGCAGGCAGUAAUUGCUGCUUCUGAUAUUACCAAAUCUAACAUGAAAUUUGUACCACCAAAACUGAUAUCAGAAACUAGUGAAAGACUUAGGGAUAAGAAGAUUUGUGUUAGGAAAAAGGCACUACAGAAAUUGAUAGAAGUGUACCGAGAUUAUUGUAACAAGUGUUCUGAAGGCCACAUGACAAUAUGUGAUCAUUUUGAGCAUAUUCCAUGUAAAAUCUUGAUGCUUUGCUUUGACAAAGAUUGUAAAGAAUUCAGGUAUGCAAAUAUGGAGCUUGUUUUGGCGGAGGAGUUAUUUCCAGUUCAUCUUUCAUUUGAGGAGAGGACAAAGCAUUGGAUCCAUCUCUUUUAUCUUUUCAAUCCUCUUCAUGUUAAGGCACUGAAUACAAUUUUAUUUCAGAAACACAGAUUUCAAACCGAAAUGCAACUUUAUUUGGCCUUGAGGAAGGAGAAGGAGCAUUCUUUGGAAGAGAUGCAGAAGAGAAUUGGAAUUUCAUUUACAAAGAUGUCAUCUUCCUUUCCAGAUCCUUCAAAAACUGAAGAGUGCUUUCAUAAAUUGAACCAAGUUAGAGAUAAUCGCAUUUUCAAUUUCUUGGCAGGGAUACUAGAUGAAAAAACCUUUGCAAAUGCCCAAACUGUCAGAGAUAAAUUUUUGAAAAUGAUAGGUGAUAAACAUCCACACCUUGAGUUUCUACGGUCACUUUCCUCAAAGUGCAUGUGUAAUAUAUUCAGCUCAGAGCAUGUAAAAUGCAUUUUGGAUCAGCUUUACACCAACAGCUUAGGAAACAAGUAUAUUGAUGCCUCUUCGAUCAAACUUCUUUUGGGUGUUAUCAACAUUUUCCCCUCAUUCUUGAGAGGUUCAGAAGAGCAGUUCCGAAGGUUGUUGGAGAAAAGGGAUUCUCUACCUGAUAAGCUGAUUGAAGUUUUUGCAAAAGCAGGUCCACAUAUUUCUGUUGACUUUGGUGACUUUUACCCAUUCCUGGAGAGAAUGUGCUUCGUAGGAAGUCGUGCUCAAGCCAAAUAUGCUGUUUCUGCUAUUGCUUCGCUGAGUGGUUCUUCUCAGCAAUUUGUUUUUUCAGAAUUAUGCAAGGAAUUGGUGGAUUCUCUGCACAAUGGGGAAAACCUUCCAACUGUUUUGCAGUCUCUAGGCUGUAUUUCCCAACAUUCUGUUUCAGCUUUUGAAACUCAAAAUAGAGAUAUCACCUCAUACAUAUACGAAAAGAUAUUUAAAGUGGAAUCAUCAGAUGAUCUAAUUACUGACGAUGAGCCUUUAGCUUGUAGUUGUUCUUGCAAAUUAAAGAUAUAUGGACUCAAAAUGCUUGUCAAGAGUUUUUUGCCAUAUCAAAGAUCCCAGGUUACAUGGAAAAUUGAUGAUUUGUUGGACAUCUUAUCAAAAAUGCUGGAAAAGAAUGAUGCUUUUAGUGCUACCAAAUCAAGUGAAAGGGACAAGGCUCAUAUCAGAUUAGCUGCAGCAAAAUCCGUUCUCAAGCUUUCCAGAAGAUGGAACUUGCAUAUUUCUUCUGAGGUUUUCUGCUUAACCAUAUUGAUGGCAAAGGACACCUGCUCUUUUGUUCGGAGAUCAUUUCUUGAUAAAACUCGUAAGCUGUUGAAGGAGCGUGUUAUACCCAGUAGAUAUGCCUGUGUUUUUGCAUUUUCUACCUCUGAUUGCCUCAAGGAUCUACAAGAUGAUUCAUUUAAAUAUAUGGCAGAAUUUAUCAAGGAUUAUAGUAGAGAAGCUCAAAUCCACCAAACUUCUUCUGAGCAAGGAAUGGCAAUUACAGACUACCCAGCAUAUAUAGUGGUGUUCUUGAUCCAUGUUCUGGCUCAUAGUAAGGACUUUCCGCCUGAGGAUUGCAAGGAUGAACAAGUAUAUGCUCAAUUCUGUCAUCCUCUCUUCUCAAUGUUGCAAGCGCUAGUUAAUACUAGCAUUGUUAAUGGCGAUGUAGAUCUUGUGAAUGACACUGUUGCUUCCUUGCUUUGUAUUUUUCGUGCCAUCAAAAGAGCUGAUGAUGCUAUUGAUGCUCAGAAAACACCUAAGCUGCAUCUUCUUGCUGACAUGGGGAUCUCAGCUGUUGGUGCAUUAAAUCAAAUUGGAAUCUCCUCAUCACGCACACGUGGGCUGAUUUUGCUGCCAUCGUCACUCUAUAGGAUAAGUCUUACUAAGAAUAGUGAAGAGGCUAACCUGAAGUGUCAUACUCCACUCCCCUUUGAACAAAAUUUUUUGGGGAGAAUAAUAGAUAUGUUUAAGUAUCAGAUCUCUUUGCCUCCUUCAACUCUUCUUAAACGAAAGCAUCAAGAGAAUAAAAGACCAGUUAUUAUCAACACUCAGUUGACUGCAACAUGCAAGCAAGAUGAUGUGCCAAUAAGUGGGGCAAAUGAAACACAUAAAGAUGGUCCAAGGAAGGAAAUCAGUUCGAGACGCAGCAGAAGACGUGUGUCUCCAACUGAUGUUGGAUUAGUUGCAUUGCCGAAAAAAUGUUCUACUGUCAAAAAGCACGUUGAUAUUCCUUCGAAACUUUCUGAAAAAAAUUUGGAGAAGCAACUUUCUUCUGGUAGUUCCAUCACUCUAAAAGUUUCUCCAACUGAUCCAGAAGUUGUAGCCCAGAAAUUGAGAAAAACUACCACUUGUCUGAAUGGUAUCAGGGCAAGUGGUAGCGUUACAGGUGAAGCUUCCAAAAAUUCCACUGCCAUGUUCCAAGAACCUUGCAGUUCAAAGGAUUUUUGCUACAAGAGUGAAGUGAUGACUGGGAGGCGGAUCAAAUUACUGUCUCCAGUUGAUGGAUGCAUCUAUUUUGGCUCUGUGGACAGUUUUAACUCUAGAAACAAUACUCAUAAGAUAAUUUAUGACAAUGGAGAUGUAGAAUUAGUAUGCUUGGAUAGUGAGAGCUGGGAGAUCCUGAAUGAUGGUUCCUUGGAAAGAGAGGCUAUAUCAGCAAAGGACUCGAAUUCCUUUAGUUUGCAGGCCAGCUUAGAAGAAACUGAACUUACAAGAGCAAGUGCUGGUGGCCGAAAGCCCGAAACCUUAUCAAAGCAUGAAACGCAGAAGUUAUGCAGCAGAACAUUUCCUCUGGCUGGGAAGGCAAAGAAAGGACUGAAUGUUUUUGGCGAUACGUCAGUGUCAGAACUUAUUAACAUACAUGAAGAUGGAGCAACGAGAACUCGGAGUAGGCAGACUCAAUUAGCCUCUUAAGGUCAAACGUGGUCACCCACGGUUUCAGACAGGCUGCUUCCAAUUUCAGGCUUUUUUGUAAAUCAUUUAUCAUUUGUACAGUUUGAAUGUUGCUAAUUCCUUACAAAAGUAUAGAAGGGAAAAAACAAGAAUAAAUUAGUAAAUUAGUA